UGACUGUGGGAGUCAUUCACAUACCAGAAGACACCUGGGAUACAAGAACUCCUCUCACCCUCUCACACACCACAGUCCACACGGGGUCACAGACACAUUGGCGACUUUCCAGAACACUAUAAGUUUGGGACUUUCGUGUGAAGAGGGAUGUGGUGUGUGUGGAUGUUGCUGCUAGCCCUGGUCAGUGGGACUCUGGCUUUAGACAAGCUCAAUAUGUGCAUGGAUGCCAAGCACCACAAGACAGAACCAGGACCGGAGGGAAAGCUCUACCAGCAGUGUGCCCCCUGGCGUGACAAUGCAUGCUGUAAAGCUAACACCAGCGAGCAGGCUCAUGCGGAUGACUCCUACCUGUACAACUUCAACUGGAACCACUGCGGCAUUAUGUCCUCCCAGUGCAAGAAACACUUCAUACAGGAUACCUGCUUCUAUGAGUGUUCUCCUCAUCUAGGGCCCUGGAUUCAGAAGGUGGACCAAACCUGGCGUAAGGAGCGGAUCUUAAAUGUUCCUCUGUGUAAAGAAGAUUGCGAAAGCUGGUGGAAUGACUGCAAGAAUGAUAUGACCUGCAAAGAGGACUGGCACUAUGGCUGGAACUGGACCACAGGUGGUAAUGUCUGUCCCAAGGGUUCCUUUUGUCGGAAGUGGACCGAUGUGUUCCCCACACCUAAGUCCAUGUGUGAGGGCAUCUGGUCCAAGUCCUACCUCUACACCACUUUAUCUAAAACCUCAGGGCACUGCAUGCAGCUCUGGUUCACUGGCGAAAACCCCAACAAGAAGGUGGCAGAAUACUACCUGAACCAUGCCACCUGGCAGCGCCUUUCUCUGUCAACACUCCUCUCCCUGGCCUCCUUGUCUGUAGGCAUAGUGCUCCUGUAAAUAAAAAGUGUAAACUUUUUACUUCCCUUCACUCCAACUUCUCCUUCCUUCCUCCUGUAAUCUGCCGUUCGCCUCCAUUCCCUCUCCUCUCUGCCAAGGCCUGCAGCCACACAGCCACAAGGAUGUCAGAUUCCCCCUGCAGGAUAGGAGGGACGUUUGAAUGCCCCACACAGCAUCACGUGACCAUCCUGAGGUUUUGUCUGCUCCAAUGCUCAGUAAUUAUGGGGUUCUGUUCGAGUGCGUGUGUGCCACGUCUGUUCAUUUUUAUACUCCCUUUGAAGACAA